GAGUGUGGUGACUCAGUGGAGUUCGAGUGUGAUAUCUGCUACGACAUGUACCCUGAGGAUGGGUCACAUGUGACCUGUGAGGAGGAUGCUCGCUGGACUGACUCUCCUAGAUGUAGACUCAGAUACUGUGAUCACCCCUAAGAGCCCUACCCUGGAGUAUCCACUAGAGAUAAAGAAUGUGCGAACUGCUUGCAAUGAUACCAUAGAGUAUCAGUGCAAAACACGAGAGAACGAUCCUGCAGGAGACGAGUGUUAUGAUCUAGAGGGGUCUCCUUCUAGUACGUGUAGGGUGGAUGAUGACAAUUCUAUUGACUGGGACUCCGAGCGUCCUUCUUGUAACAUUCGAACUUGCCCCGAGCUCACAACAAACCAUAUUGCUGGACAAGGAUUCUAUCAGUACAAGCUGAGUAGCGCGGAGGACGAGUACAAGAAGAUUUGGAUAACUGACACAGGAUCUAACAGUCCUACUGAGUGUGGGUCUCAAGUUGACGUUGUUUGUGAGGAUUGCUACUAUCUUUGUGGACCAGACAAAAGAACUUGCUUACCCGACGGAACUUGGGGACAAGAGAGACCUCUCUGCCAAAUAAGGAGUUGCCGGAAGCCGGAGAAUGAUGAUACCCAAUCUAAUGCCAUUUACAAGCCGUCUAAAUCAGUGUAUGAUUGUGGAGAUUCCGUUACUUUCCAGUGCAAGGACGACUGUUAUGAAUACGAUGCAGGAAGUGAAACCCACAGAUGCCAGCCAAAUAAACCUGAUGACUACAACCCCUGGCAGAGUAAGGCUAAGUGGGACGGACAAUCUUACUCCUGCAAAAUAAAACAGUGUCCAGCACUAGAAGCGCCAGAAAACGGUAUGAUGACCUCCCUGGAGACAACAUGUGGGUCAAGCAUCAAGUUCUCGUGUGAGGAGUGUCACGAACUGCAGGGUGAGGAGGAGGUGAGGUGUCAGUCAGAUAAGACCUGGUCAGCUGAGGUGCCCGCGUGUGUCAGAAAGGAGUGUCCAGCACCAGGACAACCUAGAAACGGAGCCGGGACAGUAGACUCCCAACAAUGUGGUGCUGUAGUAAACUACGCGUGUGACAAAUGUUAUUAUCUGGAGGGGGAUGAGUCCGCUCAGUGUCUCCAUGAUAGGUCCUGGUCUAAACCAGUACCCAAGUGUACUCUGUACGAAUGUGAGAAGAGGGGGGACCCAGAGAAUGGUCAGAUAUCUAACAGCAACUACAAUCUGUGUGGAGACCAGGUCACGUACACCUGCAACACGUGCUACCAGAGGACCUCAGGCUCCAACAGUGCGGAGUGUCUGCAUGGAGGGGGCUGGAGUGAGCCUGAACCAAUCUGCUCUAUCAAAACCUGCCAGAAACCAGCUGUUCCUGGCAACACAGAGAUAGCUCCUGAUAAGGAUUCCUACAACUGUGGUGAAUAUAUCACGGUUAAAUGUGAUCCUUGCUUUGAGCUGGAAGCAGUUGAUAUCCACUGCACUGAGAAUGCAGCAGGAGAGGUGGGGUGGGAGAGGGAGGUGCCCGGGUGUGGCAUCAAGCAGUGCGAGCAUCCCAGCUAUCCCAAACUGGUUAAUGUUACAGAGAACUUUGGACUAGGAUAUGGAGAGGAUUUGUCGUUUAUUGUGGAGGAGAUUGAUGGGAUUAUGUCUAAAUUUAGUGCGGCCCAGGCUGUGAAGACGUACAAGUGUGGCGACCCGGUCGAAUACGAGUGUGAUCAAUGCUACAACCUCAAGGGUAACAAGACUGUGCAGUGCAAGGAAGAUAAGACCUGGACUAUUGCUCCUGUAUGCGAGCUGAAGUUGUGCAAUAAACCAGAGGAGCUAACAGACCAUUUAGUUCUGAACCCAGUAAGAGAGAUCUACUCCUGCAAGGAACCGAUACAAUAUUCUUGUGAUGACGAAUGCUGGGAGUUGGACGGAAGUUCAGAGAGAUCCUGUAAGCCAGUUAGUGGGACUAACGAAACAUCUUGGUUCCCUGCUGAUCCUCCUACUUGCUUCAUCCUGGAGUGCCUCCCCCCAAUGCUAUCCGACCCUCUAGUCUCCCACGGUCCCUCCUUCUCCUGCGGCUCCACUAUCCAGUUCUCCUGCCCCUCCUGUUUCAAGUUGAGUGGAGCAGCCUCAGCCAGGUGUACAGUGGACGAGGAAUGGCAGUUUGAUGGGGACCAGCCCGAGUGUGUGCCGGUGUGCUGCCCCGCUAUAUCGGAGAUAAGAAGUGGGGACCCCACCUACGAUGUGGUGAUCAUGACUUACAAUUACACAAGUGUAGGGGACGAGGAACAGCGGGAAGUUUGCGGAGGGGAUCACGUGUGUCAGAGGGUGGAUGUUGCGUGCCAGGAGUGCUAUGAGUAUAACAGUGGAGAGGAGCACUACGAGACAGCACCACGAAGAGAGUGUCAGCACCCAGGGACCUGGACUAACCAGGACGAGGUGUGCUCCAGGAAGUCCUGUCCAGCUAGAACCCCUGACCCCUCUCAACACAUUAGAUACACAGACACCUCAAUGGAGUCUGCUGUGCUGUGCGGGAAGGAGGUGGAGCUGGAGUGUAAGGAAUGUUACGAAGCACUGGAUGGGGAGCUGACCCACACCUGUCUCCCCAACAAACAGUGGUCUGCUAACAUCCCAACCUGUUCUCUAAAAGAGUGCAGUGAGCUCCCCUUUGUGGACACUCAGUGCUCCUUUCCCGGGGAACACAUCACCUGUGGUAGCACUCGCCAGUUGGAGUGCGAGGAGUGUUUCUACACUGAUAAGUGUAGAGAGGGUGACUCUAGGGACACUGCUGUCCGCUGCAACAUGGCUAGGGAGUGGGAGUGGAAGACUCAGGAACCUGUAGUCAAUGUUAAGAAGUGUGAACCUCCGCAAGAAUUCGACCACGCCUCGUUCGUGACAGAUGGGAGUGAUUACCAGUGUGGCCGGCUUAUCAGAUACGAGUGUGAUGAGUGCUACGAGAUGGAGGAUCCUGGAGACUGCAACUGUGCUGAGGUGGAGUGCAAGGGAACCCACCCCACUGACUGCACCAAGGGGUCCUGGCAAGGCAAGUUCCCCACCUGUCUCCCCAAGGUAUGUGAACCUCUGGAACUGCCAGAACACGCCCACGUGGUAAUCAGCAACACGGGGUGUAACCAAGCUACACAGUUUGAGUGUAACACCGGCUACGAGCUGGUAACUGGUGACCUCACCAGAACAUGCAGCAACACCAAAGAGUGGUCUGGCUCGGAAGCAGUCUGUAGGAUCCGGAACUGCACUCAGCUGCAAGCACCAGAUGAGGGGUACCUCUCCACCCCAGACCACCACUACGGGACUGUAGUCACCUUCUCCUGUAACUCCUGCUACAAGUUCCCUAACUCUAUGACUGAUCCUGCCAUCUUGAAGACCAGCUCUGUGUACCCCAGGUACCACAUCCUAGCCUGUGAGGAGCAUGGUAACUGGAACGGGAGUGAGCCUGUCUGUCAGAGAAAGUACUGUGGGAAACCAGAGAUUCCAGGAAAUGCAGACAUUAACUCCACUGAGUUUCACUGUGGUGACCACAUUGAAUAUACUUGUAACGAAGGUUACUUCCACUCAAGUGGGGACAGUGUGAGGGGCUGUGGUACCGAUCAGACCUGGGACGGAGAGGACUUCCAGUGUCAGGUAAAGACCUGCAACACCCCCCGAGAAGUCCAGAACGGCAAGUACUCCCCUGUAUUAGAGGAGGAGGAGGAGUAUGUGUAUAUGAGCAGUGUUACUUACGACUGUGAUUAUUGUCACCAGGCAAAGGAGGAGCUUACUUUUACCUGCACUGAUAACGACAAGCGGAACCCGUCUGGCUUGUGGGAACCAACAGAGCUUCCCACGUGUAACAGGAUACAAUGUCCUAAAGUAACAGCAGGCCCCAACAGUAAACUCAUUCCAAUCCGUAACAAAGUUUGCUACGGACCCAGAUUGGAACGAACUUGCUACACACUUUCUGAAUUUGACUGCAGUCAACAUUUGGAAGUUCAAUGUGACGAAGGUUACCAGGUAAGAGGGAGAGUGAAGUCCCUGUUCUGUCAAAGCAAUUCUCAGUGGAAUAGUGAAGUACCACAGUGCCAGAAGAAGUGCUGCCCUCGGAGACAACUCCUCCUCAAUGGACAGGUAGAAGAGCUGGAUGAUACUCAGUGUUAUGGGGAUCGGGUGAGAGUCAAGUGUGAUAGUUGCUACGAGAUGCAUACUCCAUAUAACGGAGUUAGUCCAGGAUCCUCGGACCACACCUGCCAAGCAGAUGGGACAUGGUCAGAGGAGCUACCUUACUGCAAGCUCAUUAAGUGUGAUAUCAUCAAGUUCAGUAACGGUAACUACAGCGACAACAGCUACUCAGGCUACUGCGGCAGCACGAGAACGUUCCAGUGUUACUCCGGCUACACUCUCACCGGACCCACUAGUCUUACUUGUCAGGAGAAUGGAAAGUGGUCCGGCUCUCCACCCACCUGCCAACCUAACCCUUGUUCGGCUUAUGAGCUGGACAUUAAAAACGGAGACUACUAUAUUAUCAGCACCCCCAAUAGUGACAACAUGGACCCCUCCAUGCUGCCUACCCCGGAGCCUAUGAAGAGGGACUCCUACCCUCUACAUACGUUGAUAUAUUAUGAAUGUAAAGAUGGGUACGAGUUAGUGGGGAGAGAAGAAACGGUUUGUAUGGAGGAUGGUUCCUGGUCAGACUCCCCACCACGGUGCUCGAGAGAGACCUGCGAGGCACCCACCCAACCUGAUAACGGAACAGUGUCUUAUAACAGCAGCUCCCUCAAGGAGGGCGGGGUAGCUUCCUACAGUUGUGAUACCUGUUACAGUCUGGAGGGUUACAGAGACCUGACGUGUUAUGAUGGGGAGUGGUUGCCACAGCAACCCCCCACUUGUAGGGAGAAUGUGUGCUACCCUCCUGGUGAGGAGCCAAACAGUUACAUUAUCGGAUAUGACUCUACAAAGGCAACAUACUCGUGUGGUGAUACAGUAGAGUACGCCUGUGAGGAGCUGCACAACCUGCACGGGGCAAGGAUCAGGACCUGUGACGAGGAGGGGAGAUGGUCAGGGUCCGCUCCUGUGUGUGCGGACAUUCAGUGUCCUUCGAUAGAUACUCCUGAGAACGGGGGCAUGAGACAGGCUAUCGGGUCUAACUACCUGGAGUUCUCGUGCAACAAGGGGUACCAACAAAGUGGGGAUAGUUACUUGCUCUGUGUUAAGGGACAGUGGCAGGGUGUGGAGCCAACUUGUAGUAAACAAGUCUGCGGGGAUCCUGGUGUACCUGACUGGGGAAUGAGAGAGGGCGACAGUUUCGAGUACCAAGACACUGUGAGUUACAAGUGCCAGGACGGCUAUCAGAUGAGGGGGGCCAAGACCAUCACGUGCACUCACAAGGGAGAGUGGGACUAUGCGCCUCCCUACUGUGUCUGUGACGAAUGCCCCCGGUUAAAUCAACCCACUAACGGAUACAUAGUCUCUACGGACUCCAACUCGUACGAAUCAUUUGUAGAGUACGUAUGUUACCCUGGUUACGAGGUGGUGGGUGAAGCUACUAGGCACUGUCUUGCUUCGGGGGUCUGGAGUGGAGACGAGCCUCUUUGUAAACGACUGAACUGCACGCAGAACUUCAGAGUACCCGAGGGAGGCCGGAUCCACUCGAGCACUGGUCACAGUUUCCAGGAUAUUGUAGAGGUGAAGUGUCCUAAUCUGAAAGGAGGGUGGAUCACAAAGUGUCAAGAAGACGGACUCUGGUCAGGUGACCUACCUGAGAGAUGUGACUGCCGGAAGGAAGUCCGGAAGAUCCCAGUAAAGCGGCAGAUAAAGAAACCAGCCUCGUGUAUCCUGGGUACUUGUACACCGGAGACUGUGUGGUCUGUAACAGUGUGGGAGGAUAGGGAGUACUCCGUGUGCGACUGAGAGUGUCACAGUGUCACAGUGUCACAGUGUCACAGUGUCACAGUGUCACAGUGUCACAGUGUCACAGUGUCACAGUGUCACAGUGUCACAGUGUCACAGUGUCACAGUUUCACAGUUUCACAGUGUCACAGUGUCACAGUGUCACAGUGACACAGUUUCACAGUUUCACAGUGUCACAGUGUCACAGUGUCACAGUGUCACAGUGUCACAGUGUCACAGUGUCACAGUUUCACAGUUUCACAGUGUCACAGUGUCACAGUGUCACAGUGUCACAGUGUCACAGUGUCACAAGGACAUGAUAUACUUGCUCCUCAAUUUGAAAUGAUAGAUUUUCAAAUCAUAGUGACUUGAAUCAUAAAUUUACCUUUGUUAAACUUUGAUGUAAUUCUAAUUUUAUGUUUGACAAUAUACAAGAGCUGAAUGAUAAUGAGACAAAUUAAUAGUGCGAAAAACUGAAACUAAAAACAGUAAAAAAAUUAUUUUAGAUUCUUUACAUGAGGAUGAUUAUUGAUUGUUCAAAAUUUCAUUUUGUAAUUAAUAAAUUGUCGAUUUGCGUUAAAUCAAAUUAAUUGAAUCAUGUGAUAAAUUAAUUAACUUUUAAGUUUAUUUCAUUUAA